AUGGAUUUGGUUUUAUCAACAUCAGACCUGAAACCCGGUGAUUAUAUUAUUGUAAAAUUUGAAACGUCGAACAAAAGAAAACUCAUUUACAAAUAUGUAGCAUCAGUUCUUAAAAUAGCUGAUGUAAAUGAUAUUGAAAUACAAUGUUUUGAAUCGAUAGAUGAAGAAAACACUGAAUUUGUUCCUAUUGACAAUGAUGUGAGCAUGAUUGGCAUAGAGAGUAUUGUAGGGAAACUGCCUAUACCUGAACUGAAACUAUCUGGUAGACAACUAAAAUCUGUCUUCCCAGGUGUUGUUGACGUAUUCGAGAAAUUUUAA